GAGGAGAGCGAAGGAAGUGACGCUUUCGUUGCGCCAGAAUAACAGUCCCGUAUCCCGGUACAAACAGAACUAGACAAAUCGGUUAAAAAUACAAUAAGCAAAGUACAGAAUGUCGGUGGAAGAAAUGGUUAAAGACAUUCCUCAACUACAGGAACAGGAGCAAGAUAGGGAAGAAAGCGAGGGAGAGCCAGAAACAGAGUAUUACGGAGACAGCCAGUCGAAGGGCGGAUAUGUGUUUUACAGAGAUCGGAAGGAAUGGGCUGAUCUUGAGCCAGUACCGCAAGACGAUGGCCCAAAUCCCGUGGUGAAGAUUGCAUACUCAGAAAAGUUUUCGGAUGUGUAUGACUACUUCCGAGCUCUGCUGAAGAAUGACGAGAAAAGCGAAAGGGCGUUUGAACUGACCGCUGAUGCAAUAGAUUUGAAUGCUGCAAAUUACACAGUAUGGCAUUACCGCAGAGUCUUACUGCAGGCUCUGAAAAAAGACCUGCACGAAGAGUUGAGGUACAUCACCGCCAUCAUUGAAGACCAGCCCAAGAACUAUCAAGUCUGGCACCACAGACGCAUGGUGGUCGAGUGGCUCCAAGAGCCCUCAAAGGAGCUGAACUUCAUCGCGGACAUCCUCAGCCAAGAUGCUAAGAACUAUCACGCUUGGCAGCACAGACAGUGGGUCAUCCAGGAAUACAAGCUGUGGGACGGGGAGCUGGAAUACGUGGAGCAGCUACUGGAAGAGGACGUGAGGAAUAACUCGGCCUGGAACCAGAGACACUUUGUCAUCUCCCACACCACAGGCUACUCGGACCCGGCGGUGCUGGCCCGAGAAGUGCAGUACAGCCUAGAACAGAUCAAAAAGGCUCCACACAAUGAAAGUGCCUGGAGCUACUUAAAAGGGAUUCUACAGGACCGGGGCCUGUCCACGUACAACGGGCUGCUGGAACAGCUGCUUGAGAUGCAGAGUAGCUUCAGCUCUCCCUACAUGACGGCCUUCCUGGUGGACAUCUACGAGGACUUGCUGGAGAGUGCCAGCGGAAGCCAAGAGGACACCCUCAAGAAAGCCUUGGAGCUCUGCGAGCUCCUGGCCACGAAGGAGGACACCAUCCGCAGAGAGUACUGGCGCUACGUUGGCCGUUCCAUGCAGAGCAAGUAUGGCGCCAGAGAGGAGGCGGGAGAGCCGUCCCUAGCUGAACCCAAGGAGAAGGCCGAAGACGAUUAAAGGGGGGUGGUACACCCCCGACCCCCCCAGGCCACCUGCCCCACUGUCACAGUGGGAAAUGAACGAGGGCCUUCAGUGAGGCUAAAGAUUUUAAACUGGCAGCAGUCUAGUUACCACAUUGGUAAUACUACUCAUCCUGAAGAAGUGGGCGGGGGGGGGGCAAAAUACUUAAGUCAAAGAAGCUUCUUAUGUCUUUAGGCUGGGGUGUUGAACGCAUCCAUCAUUUGACUUAUCUGCUUAUCAGAAGUAACAAAAACCGUAAGUCUGGAGUUGCGUGCGGUUCAGGGAUGGGUCCACAUGCUCGCGUGUGUGAUCUGGCAACCCGGUGUCAGGUUGAUUACAGCACUUAACCUUGAAGCGGAGAAUGACUGUUGUGAGGGCAUCUAAGAACGUCUUGUUCAAGGAAGGGGCACAGUGGCUCUAACCGUUAACUGAAAUGAGCCAAAACAUUGUAUAAUCGAACUGCAUUGCUUAGACUGUGAUGUCUUUUGUACGCUAGAAAUAAUUAUAAUUGUUCCAAACAAAAAAAAAGCUAAUCUUG